UAUGAAUAGAGAGACUUGGACCUUUGUCCCAGAGAAGAAGGAGAUUUAUCUACAUGAGACUGACAAUGAGCCUAACCCAAAGACUAAGGGCUAUACUGGUGCCAAAGCCGGCACUAAGACUAAACUCAAGAAUUACUUGAACAAACAGAGUAAAAUCAACCCCACGGAGAAGUAUAAUCCUUCUAAAACAACCGGCAAUACUUCUAAAUACUUUACAAAAUAUUCUGGAAGGACUAUUAACAACAGAAUGAAGCCAUCACCGAAGAAGAAUAAAACCAUUGAUCCUCAGAACAACUGCAGGGAGAGAUCUGGAGAAAACAGACAAAAAUAUUCAUGCAACAAGCCUUCCUUCUCUUCUUCAACAAAGAAUAAAUCCGACUUCAAGUCAAUGCUUAAGAAUAGAGCUAGUUUUGGCUCAAGAGGCUCUUAUCCAAAGUUGACAAAAUCUGUAUCUAAAAAUAAAGGCUAUAAGAGUCGUUUACCUAAACAGAUUUGAACUGAAACGAGGGCCACCUAUCCACAAAAACUCCAGGAGGGGAUUCCAGCCUCACCUAUUCAUGAUGGCAAGAACCCAUUCAAAGCCAAGAAGAGUUCAUUCAGAUGCAUAAGGAGAGGAUCUGAUGAAAUCAGAAGUGGCCAAGAAGAUGUGCAUAUAGAUACAACUGUUAGGAAAAAUAAAUUAAAUAAGCAGAAAACCAAUGAAGAUGAGAAACACAAGAAUGUGUGCGAGGAUCUUCAGAGUAGUGUAAAGAGGUUGAAGAGGAAUAGGACUUUGCUUAUUAAGAAUAGUAAGGGAUCUAGUAUGAGUAAAGAAGUCACGCCUAAGAUUAAGGAUACUGAUUCUUUUAAUGAUGCUGUUAAGAAUGGGUAUUCUCAGUAUGCAAAAGGAGAUAGCAUGGUUUCUAAUAGGAGUGUGAAACGUAGGAAGAGCAAUCAUCGAAAUCUGUUGAAGGAUCCAAAGUUUCAGCAAAAUGUAUACUUGGAUAAGGCUUUCAGACCUCCUAAAAUGGGAACGGAGGAGAGCAGGCAUAUUUCUGCAGAGUCCAAGGAAGUUAACAGGAUUUUUAAUGUCCUUCAGAAUAACCUUAUCUCCCCUCAAGGAGGGAAAAUUGGGAUGAAAAAUUCUGCUGCUCAGGACCCUAAGAGAAGCCAAGUAAGGCAACUUCUACAGAAGCACUUCCACAUGAAGGAACAAGAGAUGCAACAAAGUGAUGAUACACUUCUGCUUAAGAUGAGUGAUUUCGAGCCAAGUGUUCUAAAAGGAUUGUCAGCUUUAAUGCAGAACUUAGAAGAAGAGAGCAAGUUUAGUCAGUGCAACGAGGGGUCUGAGAACGACAACAACUUCGAGCCCUGUAAACAAGAGAGUUUUGAGGCCUCUCCAGAAGACUCCUUCAUCACCGCAUCUAUGAGGAACACUAAAGCUGAUAUCUCAGUCCAAUUCGAAGAUAUUAGUAGGAUCAGUAGCUCUUCUGGCUCUGAAAAGAUGAAGGAGGAGGCUAAACCUAAUGCUCCUACUCCUACCUCUGAAAGAAAAUACAUCAAGGGACAUUCUGAGUUGGACAUCAAGAGGAUGAAAAUAAUGCUGGCGAUGGUCCAGAUCUACAGAAUGGUGAAAUCUGAUAACCCUUUUGACUUUAGUCAGAUGCUGAAAGUCUGGAGUCUACUGAAGAGAAGUUAAUCUUGAGUUAUUUAUUAAAUGA